AAAACCCUAGAACUAUACUAGUAUACUCUACAAUCCAAAAUACAACACUAGUCGGUCUUCUCUUUCUUCCGUCAUCUUUCGGCAUCACUUUUCGACUUUUCCCAUCUCCCCUCUGCAACUCUUGCAGUAAGAGUAGGUUUUCAGUAUCCAAACCAAAAGCAAAAGAAAAAAGAAAAAAAUCUAAACCCACCACCCACCCACCCGCAUUGCAAUUUCCCAAAACCCAUUUUUUUUUUUUUGUUUUUCAUUUUUUAUUAGGAAAGAAAGAAACAAUCUUUGUUGGUUUUAAACUGGUGCCAGUAAUUUUUUUAUAAUGGAUUCUCAAGAUUCCCACCACCCUCAGGCUCAAUUCCACCACCCGCAACAACCGCAACCCGGGCCCACCAUGAUGGUGGCGCCGCCUCAGCAGGCCAACUCUUACAGUGCCAUGAUGCAACAGCAGCAACAAAACCCUCGUUUCCCUUUCAAUCCCAUGGUGGGUACGGGUUCGGGUCAGCCGCCGCCGCCGCCCACCGCCGUGGAUUACUCCGACGGAUCGUCCCCCAGGGCGGCAGCUUCUGGGUUCGGGGGCAUUGAGCCCCCCGCCAAGAAGAAGAGAGGCCGCCCCAGAAAGUACUCUCCCGACGGUGGCAUUGCUCUUGGCCUCUCUCCUACGCCCGUCUCUCCGAUUUCCUCAAUGGUGGCCGCCCACGCCGACUCCGCUGGUGGGACCGGGACCAGCAACGCUGCCAUGACUCACUCCUCCUCCGAGAAUCAACCCAAGAAGGCCCGAGGGAGGCCUCCCGGCUCUGGAAAGAGACAAUUGGAUGCUCUGGGGUCGACUGGAAUUGGUUUCACACCCCAUAUAAUCACCGUGCAAGCUGGAGAGGAUAUAGCUAAAAAGAUAAUGACUUUCUCGCAGCAAGGACCAAGAACAGUUUGCAUUCUCUCUGCGAGUGGUGCUAUAUGCAAUGCUACCCUUCGCCAACCAUCAUCAUCUCUUGGAGGCACUGUGACCUUAGAGGGACGAUUUGAAAUAGUCUCUUUAUCAGGUUCGUUCUCACCAUCAGAAAGUAAUGGCAACGGCAGCAGAACAUGUAGCUUGAGUGUUUCGCUGGCUGGGGCAGAUGGUAAAGUUGUGGGUGGUGGAGUUGCGGGAAUGCUUAAAGCAGCUGGACCAGUGCAGGUAAUUGUAGGUAGCUUCAUUGCGGAUGCUAAAAAGCCAAAGUAUAAGCCAUCUUCUUCAACCCCGUCGUCAAAUAUGUUGAAUUUUGGUGCCCCAAUCACGGGGGCUAGUCCCCCUUCUGAGGAUGGCUCGAGCGAGUCUUCUGAUGAAAACGGUGGCAGUCCACUCAAUCAUGGACCACCGCCAUAUGGUAAUGCCGGCCAACCAAUCCAAACUAUGCCAAUGUACGGAAACAUGGGCUGGCCUAACUCUACUGUCUAGACAACGACCGUUGCUUAAUUGACAUGAAACGCAUCUUUGGACAUUUGACUUGUUGACUACCUUCAAGAGAGUUACCGCAAAGGCUAACAGGAAGUAGCGGCCGCUCUUUCUACUUCUAGACGAAGAAGUCACCUCUAUAUUUUUAUUCAGUGCAUGCUCGGGGUCUUGGCUGGUUAACAAAUAUGGCUCUCACAGGAAAUGGUGUCUUUGCAACUUCGGAAUCUUUGUUCUUAGUUUAUUCGUAUAAUAUAUAUAUACAUGAGUAUUUAUAAUGAUGAUUGUGAGAGACCCUUCUUAUUUUAGAAGUGUUAGUUGUAAGUCUGAUCAACUGGAGUAGGAUUUCCAUACAAUUAUCAGCUCACUUUUCUGUCAAUCUUUACCCAUUUGCUCUCUCAGCUCAAA